CUCACUUUAUCGCUCCGCCUCUGACCAUAACCUUUGCUAAAAUCAGGGACGAGAGACACUGUAUCUGGGAUGGCUUCAGAGGAAUAUACUAAGGAAGCAGUGAAUGCAGUUAAUCGGCUUGCAAAACGAGGCGCCUAUGACUACGCCACAAUCCACACCCUUUUCAACACCUCUCCAAUCCUCCACGUCUCCUUCAUAGACCCCACUCACCCCUUCCCUAUCAUCCUCCCCAUGAUCGGCUGCACCGGCUCCUUCUCUUCCCCAUCCUCCGACCCCAACGCCUCACCCCAAGAUAUCUACAUCCACGGCUACGUCAGUUCCCGACUUUUUAAAACUCCUACCACCUCUGCCACGGAAGAAGGCCUUCCUAUCACUGUCUCCGCGACAUUUCUUGACGGUCUAGUCCUCAGCCUAACACCCUUCCACAAUUCCUGCAACUACCGUUCCGCAGUCGCAUACGGCUACGCAAGCCUUGUUACCGAUUCAGACGAGCGGAUGUACGCGAUGCAAAAAAUCACAAAUAAUAUCCUGCCCUCCCGCUGGGAGAACUCUCGGGUGCCACCCACCAGGGCCGAGAUAUCUAGCACAUCCAUCCUACGGAUUAAAAUCCAUUCUGCGAGCGCGAAAGUCAGGACAGGUGGUCCGAGCGAAGACCGCGCGGAUUUGAAGAAUAAGGAGUUGGUAAAGGGCACGUGGACGGGAGUAGUCCCAGUUUGGUAUCAGUGGGGGGAGCCGAUGCCUGGGAAGGAAAAUGAGAUGGAGAAUGUCCAGGGGUAUAUUGAGGAUUGGCGGGUUAAGGAGAGUCAACUGGGGAGGGUGAAGGCUUAUGAGGCGAUUGAGGAGGAGGGGAAGUGAACGGCAUUUGGGGUUGGUUUCUUGGUUCUGGGUUUUGGUGCUUUUUUGGUGACUUCUCGAGAUAUUAGAGUGUGAACUUGACGUCUCAGCAUACGGGCUAGUAAUGCCUAUGAGCUCUGUAAGGAGCUAUGUGCAAACAAGGCUGAGGUCAAGUGGUGGAGUGGCUGAGUUCCAAGGUUGCUUUUUGCUUAACUCUCUUCUACUCGCAUCAUUUUGAAAUAGAAACCCUCUCCAUAGCUACCACCGUAGUCGGUAUAAUCAGCGAUCUCUAAUAUAAGCUGAUGUACAUG